CCAUUUCUGUACCACAUUUUCCCAUUUUAUUGCUUCCCUACCAAACGUGAACCCACAGACUCACUUCAAAUCAUCCUGCAUUUUAUUUUUUCAGCUUUCUUCCCUCUUGGGGUAUUGGACAACUUUCGGGUUUCGUGGGCCGAAUCGAUCUUCCAGGUUUUGCCUUCCUCCUUUCUGUUUACUUGAUUGGCAGUUCUAGCAAAUUUCCAAGAACUAUCUGGAAGGAGAUGUGAUGCAUACGGGUAGGAUGGAAGGAAACUUAUAAAGGCUCUACUGAAGGACGCAAUAACUUUUUUUGUGUGUUCAAGGGCCUUUUUUGCUGUGUGUUUUCAUGUUUCAUACGGCGUAGCAGGCAAGUCUAUGCUCUAUGAUCAGCUUAGAAAGUGCAAAUGGCAAGUGCUCGUAAGAUGGGCCUCCCUGACAAUCAAGUAAAAAGGUCUUGAUGUAAUUCUAACUAAUGUAGGCACUUUUGUCCUUUGGAUCGGAAUAAAUAUGGCACCGAAUCCUCGGGUUUUGAAGGCUUUUCGUGCAAUGAAGGAUAUUGGUAUCAGUGAAGACAAGACAAAACCCGUCUUAAAGAAACUUCUGAAGUUGUAUGAUAAGAACUGGGAACUUAUUGAAGAAGAGAGCUAUAGAGUUCUUGCGGAUUCUAUAUUUGAUGAGGAAGAUAGUAAGGCUAUAGAGGAAAAGAAAUGUCAGAAUUCUCAAGUGGAAAAUUUUGGGGAAGAGGUUCAGGCGCCUGAUGAGCCAGAACGCCCUCUGAAAAGGUUGCGCUUAAGAGGCCAAGAAACCCAGGUGGAUGGGAUGGCUUUAAAAAAGCCCAAAUUGGAAGAGGAUGUGUUUCCUGAAACAUGUCCCAAACAGCAGAUGCAGUUAAGUGGGUCUAAGAGAUCUGAAACUGAUCCAAGUUCUUCUCGUUGUGUAGACAAAGGGAAGGAAACUGUAUCACCACAUGUGGUUACAAGAGUGAAAAAAUCUAGCUUAGAGAGACCAUCUGCUGCCGUGCAUAUUAAGGAACCAGGGGCUGAGUCAGGUGCCAAAAAUUCCAGAGUGAGGGCGUCUGGGGCUCAAGCACUACUCAAGCCUAAAGAUGAGCCGUUUACAGAUGAUACAUUUAUGAAUGAAUUGCCUAUUGCUGUGAUUCAUCCAGGUUCUUCAAGAAAAGAAGUUUAUUCCAUUGCAAAUGAUUCAGUUAGGAAGCCGGAUGGCCAAGUUGCUCAAGCAUCACUUCCUUCAGACGGAAGUAACAAAGGCGAUCAUACGGAGACCUCAUCAUGUAAGAGGAUAACAGGCAGUGAGCUGGCAACUGUCUCGGAAGAAGUACAUCCUAACUUAGAGAUUGUAUCGUCGCCCCUAGGAGAGGUAAAAAUUUCCUUGAGCUGCAACUCCGCUUUUGGACGACCAGAUUUCCAUAUGCCUAGUCGUGAUGCAGUUAUAAAAUAUAUGGAGGAAAAAUGUCUGCAGUCAUAUAAAAUCAUUGACCCCACAUUUUCUGUUAUGAAACUGUUGAGUGACAUGUGUGAGUGCGUCUUGGAAUUGGGAAUUGAUUCUCCUGAUGAACAACAGGAAGGUUCAAUUAGUAGGAUUCCACUUCUAGAUGUAAUGGAGAAUUCAGACCCAAUGUAUGUUCCAGGGGCUGUUGCCAAUGAAGGAGAUUUGAAUCGUCAACCAGCCAGUACUGUCUCUGAUAGAGAACUUGCACCACAAGUUCCUAGUAUGUUAGAGUCUUCAAGUGUUUCCAAUGACCAGGCUAUCCAUGAUGCCUCUCAAAGCAGCAAAGGAAUACCAAAAGGUCAUUCUGAAGAUGUAGCCGGGAAGGAGUUUGAUAAUCUUGAGGCUGCAAAUCCGCACAAUUUGAUGGUUGUUUCACAGAGUGAACAGGCUACUGAUGACUUAAGCUUCUCCCAUGAUGUGGAUGAUAUAACCAAGGGAGAAGAAAGGGUUCAAGUUCCUUGGGUGAAUGAAAUUAAUAAAGAGCAUCCACCAUUCUUUCACUAUAUACCUCGCAGUCUAAUUUUCCAAAGCGCUUUUGUAAAUUUCUCUCUAUCUCUGAUUGGUAAUGAUAAUUGUUGCGAGUCUUGCUUUGGAAAUUGCCUUACAUCUUCUGUCCCUUGUGCUUGUGCACGGGAAACUGGGGAUAUGUAUGCAUACACACCUGAAGGUCUUGUUAAGGAAGAUUUUUUGGAAGAGUGGAUCUCUCUUGCUCGUGACUCUCAAGGAAGCCACCAGUUCUAUUGCAAGGAAUGUCCUCUUGAAAGAUCAAAGAAUGAUGAUUGCUUAGAACCGUGCAAAGGGCACCUAGAGAGGAGGCUUAUAAAAGAAUGUUGGAGUAAAUGUGGUUGCAGUAAGAAUUGCGGCAAUAGAGUGGUGCAGCGAGGAAUAACUUGCAAGUUGCAGGUAUUUCUUACUUCAGAAGGAAAUGGAUGGGGCCUUCGAACCCUUGAAGACCUACCUAAAGGCUCUUUUAUUUGUGAAUAUGUUGGAGAAAUAUUAACUAUCUCAGAAAUGUGUCAUAGAAAGGCGCAAAGCACCAAAAAUGGGGAGCAUACCGACCCAGUAUUAUUGGAUGCUUUUUGGAAUAAAGGACCUUUCCAAGAGGAAAAAGCACUCUUCUUGGAUGCAACGAACUUCGGGAAUGUAGCUAGAUUUAUCAACCACAGAUGCUUUGAUGCAAACUUGGUUGAUGCUGCAGUUGAGAUAGAGACUCCGGAUCAUCAUAGUUAUCAUCUUGCCUUAUUCACUACAAGAAAAAUAGACGCCAUGGAAGAGCUAACUUGGGAUUAUGGCAUCGAUUUUGAUGUUAAGCCAUUUCUCUGUCAAUGUGGCAGCAAAUUCUGCAGAAACAUGAAACGAUCUUCUAGUAGCCUCAAGUACAAGAUGAAGUGGGAUUGAUGGCGCCAGUUUCAGUUUUUGAUAUCAUGGCCUUGCAGGUAGAAGUUACCAGGAAAUACUGAAACCCCCACAAUGAAUUUGGUUUCAUAGUUUCGAAGACGCUCGAUCGGUUUGGUUAGUAAAGCUGAGGAUCGAUUGCAGAUUCAAACUAUGGUUUUGUUUGCUGUUAGUUUAUACGUAUUACCGCAAUGAUGUUCAUAGAUGUUAGAUAUCUGAGCAUGGUUCCAGUGGUGUUGAAAAUUUUGAAGGAUUGUAGUGAUUUGUAGUGGGAAAGGGGAAUGAAGUUUUUGUUUCUUCUCCUGAUAUCCUGCAAUGGCUACUGUGGAUACCAAAGCAGAACGUACAUAAAGGAAAAUCCUGAAAGAAAAAAAAUUUAGUUAUUUUUGUUGUUAA